AUGGCGGCAGUCACUAGGAAAUUCACCAUGACCCAGAAGUUCCACCGCCGACGGUCCCGUCGCCAGCCCUACCCGGUGAGAACCAUCACGACCCGGAGUCAGGGCAUGGCCAGUGGCUGCUUCUUCGAGAGGCUGCCUGCAGAGGUCUUUGACAUGGUCCUGGACAGACUCUCUGUGCUUGAGAUCAGUGUAUUCAGCAUGGUGUCCAAGGCCAUCAGUCGCUACAUUGUGAAUCACAUCUCUACUCAGACCUGGAGGAACAGAAUGAUCCUACAAAAGCUCCGGCACUGCUCCUCUCCCUCCUCUCCUCCCAAAGAGGACCCCGCCACCCUGGGACACUACAAAGCGCUGGGGUUGUUGUUCAAGAGGUGUACCCUGUUGCUACCUACAAAGGACAGGUUGAAGUUUAUAUAUAGCAAGUUCUCCCAGGUCCCGUGCUUCAUGAUGGAGCAGUGCACUGCCUCAACAGGCUGCCCUUUCUUCUCCAGCUACGGAGUUUUCUUGCAGACGUUGAUUGCGGGCUGGGAUGAGCUGGAGUGUCACCGGGUCUUCAACUUCCUGUGCGACUUCACAAACCUUCCCCGGAAGAUCGAGUUGGUCGUCACUGGAAAGCCAGGAGCAUGUCAGCGGUUGGAGCUGCAGAUUCGUGGGUUCUGUCGUCAGGUUCUGUUGGAGCCGUGGAGCAGCCGAAGAGACACUCUGUUCUGGCUCACCAGGAUCCUCCAGUCCUGGCCCAUGGUCUCACAGGCCAGGCUACUGUUCAUACUCUAUGGUCCACGGCUGCCUGACGGUUCUCUGGGCUGGCAGGAGCAACUGGGUGCAGGAGUAGCCCAGUGUUCUCUGUGGGACUUGGCCAAGGCUGUGAUCCUGCUCCACAGUGACCUGGAGGCUAGAGACUGGACCACUGACACCGUACUGGCCAUACUGGAGGAACUCACAGUGCUCCCCCAGGCGUGGCAUGUAGAGAGCGUGGCCAGGCUGUUGAUCCUGUGUGGGAACAGUCUGUGUUACAGUAUUCUGGCUAGCAAGGCUCUCAACGGACGCCUCUUUGAGAUCUCACGACUCCUCGUCUAUCUCAUACUGGUGUGUGAGAAGGACGGCUACUGUAUGAACUGGUCGGUGAGGAUGGUGCAGCAGGUGUGCCAGGUGUUCUUGUCGCCGUCAGACAGGUGGUCAUUCAUCCAGAGCGUUGAGAACAUGUUCUCAGAGGUUACCAUGGAGAUGUACGAGGUUGUCAUGGCAGGUAACCGUCAUGAGGACAUGGAGACCUUCCAGAGCCUCCUGAAUGCCAGCGCUCACUUCCACACUGAGAUAGUCUACAUGUUCCUCAAGAAGGAUUGA